AUGGAUCCUCUCCUGCUCUCAUCCGUGGUCCAUAACGACCACCACGACUACUCCCACCCCGCGUCCCCCCAUCUCUACGACAUCUCCCCCCACCCGGGCACGCCCUACGACUCCUUCGACCUCCUCCCGGACACCGGCUCCCACUUUCCCCACACACCCUCCUACAACGGCUCCUACCAGAACUCGCCCUACUCCAACUUCUCGGAACUGCCCCCAAUAGACGGCGACGACUCCCUUGGCCUUCUUGUAGACAACCCCUCCGGCAUCUCCAUCACAGAGGAAUACGACCCUUCAGAGUACGACGCGCCUUCAUCGGGAGGUCUCAUCCUCGAAGAACAGUUCAUGCACGGCACCCACGUCUCUGUCUCCCUCACGCCCCCAUUGAACGACUACUCCUCUCCCAACGCGUUCGACCACCCAUCUCCCGCUUCUAGCAACGGCGCAGAAGACGACAGCCAUAGUCACGCGUCCUCCCACUCCUCGUACAUGCAUCCCUCAUCCCCUCGCCCCGACAUCUCCCAGUCGUUCCAUGACAGUCUGUCCUUCCAUUCGCCGGCAUGGCCCAACAACUCUCUUCCCGACGACCGUCGCUCACCCCCGCUGAGUAAGCCCCAGUCCCCUCCUCAGCUUCUCAUCCCCGACACCACCAGCCCUGGGGGUGCGGGCGUCGACUCUCCGCCUAUCAUCAAUGCCCCCGAUGGCGACGGCGGUCUGAUAGGCUCCGGCCCGACGUUACAAAUAGUUCCCGCCACCCCGGUCAGCGGCGGAGGGGGAAACGCCCGCACGGCGCCGUUCCGGGACCCGCUCGCGAAU